AUAAAGAUGAUUUUAAUUAAAUCCCACAAAUCCCUUUGUACUCCAACCAAACCCUCUGCAGGCCAAUUGACUGAGCCCUUCUGGCAUGUAUAGAGUUAACUAGGUUACGGGGUUCUUAGUUAACUUCUUUCACCAGGAAUGCAAUUCAUGUUUACCUAUAUAAGGAAACCUGUUAGGCUGACCUGAGUUUGGCAUAUUUUUUUUUUUUUUUGUUCUGACUGAGAGGCAUGUAAGCACACACCCUGGAGAGGGGGAGCGAUUCCCAGCUGGACAGAGCAAGCUUCCUGAACGCCCCAGCCAUUCAGCUGAUACGAGGCGAAGAGCAGAGUUUGUACUUGCCCCCCCCGAGCAGCCUCCUUGGAGGACCCACAGGGUUGCUUCUUCCAGAUCCCAACUGAGAAACAAACCUGCGAUCCUGGGAAAAAUGGGGAAGCCGAUAGCUGAUCAGCUUCCUUGGAUUUUGCUGAUGACCCCAGAGAGUUUUGCCUGAAGAUGGAAACACUGGAGUCGGAGCUGACCUGUCCUAUUUGUCUGGAGCUUUUUGAGGACCCUCUGCUGCUUCCCUGUGCACAUAGCCUCUGCUUCAACUGUGCCCACCGCAUCCUGGUCUCUCACUGUGCCACCAACGAGCCUGUGGAGUCCAUUAACGCCUUCCAGUGCCCCACCUGCCGGCAUGUCAUCACGCUCAGCCAGCGAGGUCUAGACGGGCUCAAGAGAAACGUCACCCUACAAAACAUCAUUGACAGGUUUCAGAAAGCAUCUGUGAGCGGGCCCAAUUCUCCCAGUGAGACCCGCAGGGAGCGGGCCUUUGACACCAACACCAUGUCCUCUGCUGAGAAGGUUCUCUGCCAGUUCUGUGACCAGGAUCCUGCCCAGGAUGCUGUGAAGACCUGUGUUACUUGCGAAGUGUCCUACUGCGAUGAGUGCCUGAAAGCCACUCAUCCGAACAAGAAGCCCUUUACAGGCCAUCGUCUGAUUGAGCCAAUCCCGGACUCGCACAUCCGGGGGCUGAUGUGCCUGGAGCACGAGGAUGAGAAGGUGAAUAUGUACUGUGUGACCGAUGACCAGUUAAUCUGUGCCUUGUGUAAACUGGUUGGGCGGCACCGCGAUCAUCAGGUGGCAGCUUUGAGUGAGCGCUAUGACAAAUUGAAGCAAAACUUGGAGAGUAAUCUCACCAAUCUUAUUAAGAGAAACACAGAACUGGAAACUCUUUUGGCUAAACUCAUCCAAACUUGCCAACAUGUUGAAGUCAAUGCAUCCCGUCAAGAAGCCAAAUUGACAGAAGAAUGUGAUCUUCUCAUUGAAAUUAUUCAGCAAAGACGACAAAUUAUUGGAACAAAGAUUAAAGAAGGCAAGGUGAUGAGGCUCCGAAAACUAGCUCAGCAGAUUGCAAACUGUAAACAGUGCAUUGAAAGGUCUGCAUCACUCAUCUCCCAAGCAGAACACUCGCUGAAGGAGAAUGACCAUGCCCGUUUUCUACAGACAGCAAAGAAUAUCACUGAGAGAGUCUCCAUGGCAACUGCAUCCUCCCAGGUCCUAAUUCCUGAAAUCAACCUCAAUGACACAUUUGACACUUUUGCCUUAGAUUUUUCCCGGGAGAAGAAACUGCUAGAAUGUCUGGAUUACCUAACAGCUCCCAACCCUCCCACAAUUAGAGAAGAGCUCUGCACGGCUUCCUAUGACACCAUUACUGUCCAUUGGACUUCAGAUGAUGAGUUCAGUGUGGUCUCCUAUGAACUCCAGUACACCAUAUUCACUGGACAAGCCAAUGUCGUUAGUCUGUGUAACUCGGCGGAUAGCUGGAUGAUUGUGCCCAACAUCAAGCAGAACCACUAUACUGUGCAUGGCCUACAAAGUGGCACCAAGUAUAUCUUCAUGGUCAAGGCCAUCAACCAGGCAGGCAGCCGCAGCAGUGAGCCUGGGAAGUUGAAAACAAACAGUCAGCCAUUUAAACUGGAUCCCAAAUCUGCUCAUCGAAAACUGAAGGUGUCCCAUGACAACCUGACUGUUGAACGUGAUGAGUCAUCAUCCAAAAAGAGUCACACACCUGAACGCUUCACUAGCCAAGGGAGCUAUGGAGUGGCUGGAAAUGUGUUCAUUGAUAGUGGCCGUCAUUACUGGGAAGUGGUCAUAAGUGGAAGCACAUGGUACGCCAUUGGCCUUGCAUACAAAUCUGCUCCAAAACAUGAAUGGAUUGGGAAAAAUUCUGCUUCCUGGGCCCUCUGCCGUUGCAACAAUAACUGGGUGGUGAGACAUAACAGCAAGGAAAUCCCUAUUGAGCCAGCCCCCCACCUCCGGCGCGUAGGCAUCCUGCUGGACUAUGAUAAUGGCUCAAUCGCUUUUUAUGAUGCUUUGAACUCCAUCCACCUCUACACCUUUGAUGUUGCACUUGCGCAGCCUGUGUGCCCUACCUUUACUGUGUGGAACAAGUGUUUGACGAUUAUAACUGGUCUUCCCAUUCCAGACCAUUUGGACUGUACAGAACAGCUACCUUGAGUACCCAGCCCCAGAGCAGUCCCAAGGAAUUAUAAAGGUUGAGGCCACUGUUUAGGGGAUUGAGAAACUCAGGCUUCAAGAGUGUGAUCAAAUAUUCCCCAGUUUGUCCAGAAACCAGCUCAGAUAGGGCUCCACAUGGGAGGUUUCCUUCCUUUUACUGUGUUUUUUAUUAAGUACAGGCUUUAAUAAUUUCUUUAACUUUUUGUAUUUAGAGGAAAAGUCUGUAGAUUAUUUAUAAAAGAAACAUAAUCUGGAUUAUAGCUGUUAGGAAUCACUUGGUUUUGUCCAUUAAGAGGCCCAUAAGUUUACCAGCCCUUUACCAGUUUUAUUUUAUCAGUCUAUGAGCUUGCAAAAAUCCUUUUGUAGAUCUGUGUGUUUUUUCACUUUCUUACAUUCUAUUCCAUGAGGCCAUGCUAGGUACUGUCACUUAGAAUAACCAAAUAUAUGGCUAAAGUAAAAGUCAUUUUGAGCCUAGUAAGGAAGUAUGCCGGCUUCCUUACUCUGAUUUAAGUUGAGAUACUUUAACUGUAAUGUCAGAAACUUGUGUUAGAUCAAAUAGAAUGGCGAAUAAGGAAGAAGAAUUACAUUUGGAUCUCAAGCUUAGCCAUGCCUGAUGAUUUGGGGAUCCAUAAAACUUUGGUUAUAUAUUCACCAACUUCUCCAGGGCUGAAGCUUUUGGGCUAAUAUCUUGAAUGAGAUUACAAUUAACUGCUGUCAUUUGAUUUCUACAAAUGAUUUAAGAUUUCAUGCUGAGUUGGGUUUUAUCAAAAGUAGAAUUCUGUUUUAUGGCAUAAAACUGUUUUAACUUACCUCUUACCAGUCAUUUUGGGGCCUAUGAAAUUUUUUCACUACAUUUAAUAGGUGCCCUAUUUUUUCCCUUCCCCAAAUCAAAUUUUCUUUUCUUUCUGGAGCUACAGAUUUAUAACAUGGCCUGUUACAAAUAGCAAUCCCAUUUUCAACCUUUCAACUGCACAUGCCCUUAAACACUGUCCAAAUAUAAGUCACCAAAAACAGUAUUUAUGAAUAAUGAUAAGACAUAUUACACAAAGUACUAGUCACUAGUGUACAUGCCUUUAAAAGUACAGUCUUUUAGUAAGCACAUUUUGAAGAUAUAGACAUGCCCAUAUAUCCUAGUAUAGUUUAUCAUAGAAUUGUAAGAAAAAAAUCUAAUUUGCUGUUCCUACAGAGGAAUCUACCAAUAGAACCUAUUAAUAAAAUUGCAGAUAGAAUUCUUUUCAUACUGACCUGAUAUACUGUAGUGGUCUCUGAAUUAAGACUUUCUCAGGUGAUCUUGGCAUGGGACAUUGGCAUGGGUUCACCUUCAUAAAGGACAUUGACCUGUAUAAGUGGUUUCAAUUGUUAAAAUAUUUAUCUGGGCCACCACAUCAGCCAGCCAUUGACUGAAAAGACUGAUGGAUUGAGGCAUUGGUUUUGGUGAUUGUGUUUUUCAUCAAAAAUAACUCAAUGCACUCUUCAUUUCAGCAUCACAUGGUCAUAAUUGAUGUGCAUGUCAAUCUGGACUUCAUGGAAGACAAAGCCAGUUUCCUGUGUCUUUCUGUCCCUUCUCUGGCAGAUGAUGUCCUUUUUCUUAAUGGAUAGAUUUUAUAUAUUGACUAUAUUAUUUAUACCCAGAUGAAUAUUUUGAUAGCAACUUAAAACAAUUUUACAUCUUAAAAGUGGACACCUCAGUGGAAAAACUUUCAUUUUUCUCUAACAAUUUAUUAGAACUUUUUGACAGUAUAAAAAUGUGUAUUUGCCUUCCCUGAAUAAACCGCAAAGGUUGUCUCAGUGAUUUUUCUGUACACUUUGGGUGGCUGGAUAAUAGAUAUUUUAAUGCACUUUGUACACUUACAGGUUCUAAACAAAAGGGUCUAAAACUCAAAUUCUGAGUUUUUAAAAACUCAUUGUCUCCAGGUAACAAUAAAUGCUACAGUUUGCCUUAUGAUCUUAACAUAAAGCAUUUAUGAGCAGGACAAUAUUUCCAUGAAUAUGUUUUUCAGUAUAAAGAUGUUUCACGGCAAGCUUUUGAAGGGUGCGUUUUUGGCUAUUUUUGUAAGGACAAGACAUAUUAUGUUAUAAUUUUGUUGUGCAAGUCUUACUCUUGGCUAACUUAAAAACAUUGUGGAUGUAGCAAUUACUAUUUCCAGGUUGUCAUAUUUACAGGAAAAUGUGUAUAUGGUGAAAGACCACAAGUGUUUAAUUGCUGUAAAGAUGUAGAAAAAUUUCCAUGUGGAUUUUUUAAGUCUAAAAAAACAUGAUGUAAACAUUUGCUGCAGUAUAGCUCUGCAUUUUCUUUAAAUGGACUGAGGCUACUCACAGGAAGCAUUUAUAUAGAAGGGCAAAAGAAAUGGCAGGGCCAAUCAAAUUAGUACAACAAAUUUGACGAGUUGCUAAUGAAGGCUGUAAGGGCUUGGCACCAUGUGAAUGUGAAUGACUCAGUUGCCAAGUGCCCUGAUCACAGAGAGGGCCUAAGCUUGCUAUCAUGUUCUCUUUUCAAUGUUAUGAAACUUAGUGAUUUUUGACCAUGGGGCUAUCAUUUUCACUUUUGCACUUGGCCUUGCAUAUUAUGUAGCCAGUCCCUUGGAACAGGACUCCAAAACAUGGUACUGCUCUUCCUAAUGAAUAAAGAGAAACAUGUUGCUUGUUGAAACUUGCCUUAGAUUCAUACUCAAGUAUGAGUCUAAAUAGUGGAUAAGAUGAGAGUGGAUGUAGGGUAAAGAUUUUCUCUCCAGCUUUAAAAAAAUGACUUCAGAAAGUGACUGUAUAGAUGAUGGUUUCUGGGGGCAGAGGGGAAGCAACCUGAACAUGGACAGACUUUUAUUAUGGUACUGAUACAUGGACCUUGAACUUCCUGAGGAAUGAGCCAGUGCCUUCUACUCAAGAUGGAUUUAUAACUCAGCUCCAGGGGUGCAUACAAAUGGUUGCAGAGAGACAUGUGACUGCCUGUUCAGUGCAUCUGGUGCUGGGAAGCUGACAUCUGGUCUCUCUUGGUUAAACAUCAAUGGUGUGCAGAGACAAUGAUACUAGCAAGAGAAAUGUUUUGAAAAUAGUGCUUCUCAUCAAGUUCUUGAUUUUGCUACCCAAGAAGACAUUUGGCCUUAUCUGGAGUCAAUUUUAGUAGUCACAAGUUGGAGACAUGUUGCUCCUGACAUCUGGUGGGUACAAGUCAGAAAUGGCAUUAAGCAUCCUACAGUGCACCCUGAAGCUUCUCGCCAGAAAGUGAUAUAUAACUCAAGAUAUCAGCUGUGUCCUAGUUUAGCUACUCUUGAAUGUUUGCUUUUGUUCAGGGACAAACAAAAAAAAAAUGCACAAAAGUCAAUACUUUUACAGGAGUGGCACCGUCAUCCUUAAAAUUGUUUAUAAAAUAAUGACAAAAAACCUGAUUUCUAAAGUAAUCCAAGAUGGUUAGAAUGCACAUUGUUGAAAGUAAGUGUUGUGAUUUGAUGAUCUUGUUGUAGAAAGGAGUUUUUUUUUUCUAUAUCUCCUUGGAGCAGCAUACUUUCAAACCUUGGUACUUGAGUCAACUGUCAAGCCCAUCAGUCCCAAAUCUAUUCUCAAUUUCUGAUAUUUUCUGGUUCAAAAUAAAAUCUUUUGUGGCACCAAAA